AGCAGCAAGUGCUCUCCGAGAAGAGGCUGUGACUCGCCCUCGCAGGGGAACAGCCUCUCUUGCUGGAUUCAGUAAAGAAAGCCGGGUCUGAGUAUGCAGUUCUCUCACUGGGGUGAAAGAUGUUCUGUUUAUUUCUAAUCAACUAUGCUAGAUAGCUGCAAGCUGAAAAGUGCCUGCAAUUUGCCAUUUAUUUAUAAUAAGGUGCUGUUGGAGACACUCACAUAUAAAUUGUAUGGAUAGAGGAGUCUAUGGAUAGAGAAGUGAAUGAGAGAAAAUAAAUACUGCUGGAACCAGUAAUGCAGAUGUUCCUUUGCCUGAUCCCGGAAUGUACCAAUUGGAUAUUACAUUAAGAAGGGGUCAAAGUUUAGCUGCCCGAGAUCGAGGAGGGACAAGUGAUCCAUACGUGAAGUUUAAAAUUGGAAGAAAAGAAGUUUUUAGAAGUAAAAUAAUACACAAGAACCUCAAUCCUGUGUGGGAAGAGAAAGCUUGCAUUCUUGUUGAGCAUCUUAGGGAGCCAUUGUAUAUAAAGGUGUUUGACUAUGAUUUCGGACUACAGGAUGACUUUAUGGGCUCAGCCUUUCUGGAUCUCACACAAUUGGAGUUAAACAGGCCCACGGAUGUGACCUUAACACUGAAAGAUCCCCACUAUCCUGACCAUGAUCUUGGAAUCAUCCUGCUCUCAGUUGUCCUUACCCCUAAAGAAGGAGAACACAGGGAUGCGAGUUCAAUCCACAGCUUUCUUCAUUGGAGAAUUUGUGAAAUAAAAACAAUGCUAAUGAGGAAGAGUUGGAAAAGAUCAAGUAAGGAACUCUCAGAAAAUGAAGUGGUUGGAUCUUAUUUCUCUGUGAAGUCUUUCUUUUGGAGGACGUACACCAGGCCUGCUCUUCCUGUCCUGGGCUUCUGCAGAGCAGAGCUUCAGAGUGCUUGUAACCAAAAUGCACAAUUUCAGACCCAAAGUUUGCGUCUGUCAGAUGCACACAGAAAAUCACAUCUUUGGAGAGGAAUCGUCAGCAUCACAUUGAUUGAGGGGCGAGACCUCAAGGCGAUGGAUUCAAACGGGUUGAGUGACCCCUACGUGAAGUUCCGGCUUGGGCAUCAGAAAUACAAAAGCAAGAUUAUGCCAAAAACUUUGAAUCCUCAGUGGAGGGAACAAUUUGAUUUUCAUCUCUAUGAAGAAAGAGGUGGAAUCAUUGAUAUCACCGCGUGGGACAAAGAUGCUGGGAAAAGGGAUGAUUUUAUUGGCAGGUGCCAGGUUGACCUGUCGGCCCUCAGUAGGGAACAGACACACAAGUUGGAGUUGCAGCUGGAAGAGGGUGAGGGACGCCUGGUUCUGCUGGUCACCCUGACAGCUUCCGCCACCGUCAGUAUCUCUGACCUCUCCGUCAGCUCCCUGGAGGACCAGAAAGAACGGGAGGAAAUAUUAAAGAGAUAUAGCCCAUUGCGGAUAUUCCACAACCUGAAAGAUGUGGGAUUUCUCCAGGUGAAAGUAAUCAGAGCAGAAGGGUUAAUGGUCGCUGAUGUCACAGGUAAAAGUGACCCAUUUUGUGUAGUUGAAUUGAACAAUGAUAGGCUGUUAACACACACCGUCUACAAAAAUCUCAAUCCCGAGUGGAACAAAGUCUUCACAUUCAACAUUAAAGAUAUCCAUUCAGUUCUUGAAGUGACAGUUUAUGAUGAAGAUCGUGAUCGAAGUGCUGACUUUCUGGGCAAAGUUGCUAUACCAUUGCUGUCUAUUCAAAAUGGUGAACAGAAAGCCUACGUCUUGAAAAACAAGCAGCUGACAGGGCCAACAAAGGGGGUCAUCUAUCUUGAAAUAGAUGUGAUUUUUAAUGCUGUGAAAGCCAGCUUACGAACAUUAAUACCCAAAGAACAGAAGUACAUUGAAGAGGAAAACAGACUCUCUAAACAGCUGUUACUAAGAAACUUUAUCAGAAUGAAGCGUUGUGUCAUGGUGCUCGUAAACGCUGCAUACUACGUUAAUAGUUGCUUGGAUUGGGAUUCACCCCCAAGAAGCCUGGCUGCUUUUGUGCUCUUUCUCUUUGUUGUCUGGAACUUCGAGCUCUACAUGAUACCACUGGUUUUGUUGUUACUAUUGACAUGGAACUACUUCUUGAUAAUAUCAGGGAAAGAUAACAGGCAACAUGAUACAGUAGUGGAGGACAUGCUAGAGGACGAGGAAGAAGAAGAUGACAAAGAUGACAAGGACAGUGAAAAAAAGGGAUUUAUAAAUAAGAUCUAUGCUAUCCAGGAAGUAUGUAUCAGUGUCCAGAACAUCCUAGAUGAAGUGGCUUCCUUUGGCGAAAGGAUAAAGAAUACUUUCAACUGGACUGUCCCAUUCUUAAGCUGGCUGGCCAUCAUAGCCCUCUGUGUGUUCACAGUCAUCCUGUACUUCAUUCCACUGAGAUACAUUGUCCUUGUCUGGGGCAUCAAUAAAUUUACAAAAAAGCUUCGGAGUCCGUAUGCAAUCGAUAACAAUGAACUACUUGACUUCCUUUCCAGAGUCCCUUCAGAUGUACAAGUGGUGCAAUACCAAGAACUGAAACCAGAUCCUUCUCAUAGCCCAUGUAAAAGGAAGAAAAACAAUCUUGGCUAGCCAGCUCCCAGCACUGAGGAGACCAGCACCUUUUUGGGAAGAUAAAAGAAAAAGCCUUCAGCCUCAGCAGCAUUUCCUUUCUUUCUGCUUUUUAUUUAUUUUACCUUUUUAUCAUGAUAGAGAGAAUUUGUAAAUAGUGUACAAAGGCAUAUGUCUUUGAAAAUAUACUUCAAUUGUACAGAAUCAAUUUGAUAAAGGUUUAGCUACUGCUGUGUGAAAGCCUUGUUAGCUGUGGAUAUUAAUACACCACACUAGAACAACAAAUGUAAGAAUGGUAACGUUGGGAGAUAUAUACACUUCUCUAAUUCCAAGUGGAAGAACCAGAAUAUGAGAUUAAAUGCUCAGCUGUGCUCUGAUUGAAUCUACAUAAAAUGUAAUUGUCAAUUUGAUUUUAAAGUUUUUUUUUAAUGUGACUAUUUUUUAUCUGAAAAGUAAUCCAUUACAGUUUUCUAUGUUUUAUACAUUUCAAAAGGGAGGGGGGAUCCCCAAACCUGAGUUUGGAAUAGAUGCAUUUCAAUUUAACAGAGAGUCUGAUUUCAGAUCCUGACAUUCUUUCCUGUGCAAUUAUUUAGAUAUGACUAGGCUGAUUUUAAGCUAAUGAGUGAAGAUAUAUCCACCCCCUCAAGACAAUCUUCCACACUCUGAAAUCCUACAAUGAAAACUUCCAAACCUUCUAUCAUUCCUUCUAAAACCUUAAAAUCUCUACAGGACUACACAUAAAUACUGCCAGGUUUAUAAAUGAUUGCCUAUCUGAAUUUUUAUACCUACACUACUUUAAUUUGUACUGAGUUAGCAAAUUAGCAACCCAGUUCAGUUGUCAAAACUACUAGCAAACUAAAUUGGUAUUGCUUUCGAUGUCAGAUUCUGCCUCUGUGCAUCUCAUAAUAUUGAAUACUCAAGUGUUCUCACAGAAAAAAAAGUAUCUGCUUUCUCAUUAGGUUACUGAAAUGCUUUAAUGCAUAGUAUGAUUUUUGUUAUUAGUGUGAAUUUUGAUGUAGAGGAGAAUGCAGUGUGCUAAGUGAUAUGCCAGUGUUUCAUUACAUUCAUUUAUAGAAAAAAAAUAAUCAUUCUUGAUAAUAUGAAUGCAUGAAAACCUAUUUUGUAAAAUAAACUGCUUAUGGGGAGGGGGAGUUUGCCUUUAAAAAUGUUUCACUACUUACUAUAGACUCUGUACUUAAAAAUUGCAUUCCCAAGACUUCUGUUGGUUUUUUGUACCUAACUCCCUGGUAUAUCAAGGGAGUAUACCUCUGGAGAGAGAGAAUUUGGUGAGAAUGCCUUACUUCCCUGACUUGGUAGGGGAUUAAGCUGGGUUGAAACUGCUGCAGACAAUGUUUUACAUUUUAUUAAUAAUAGACUGGGAUAGGGUGAAGGUGGGGGUUAAGCUGGGAAAAUGUAGAAAAGCCAGAAGAAAUAUAUAUUUCACUCUAAAGGAAUACUCUUUAAAAAUAAACUUAAUCUCAUCAGAGCUGGUUUUUAAAGUAUUUUUAUUUUAGAGCUAUGUUGUUAAAUACUAUUUCUUAUGAUAGAACUAUUUUGAUCUGUUUAUACACUAUGCUUGAAAGAAUGUCAAUUAAAUUCCCUUUCUACAGAAAGGUUUGACCUCAAUAUGUUCUGUUUAGUGCAUCAUGUUUAUAAUGACACGCUUACAUCCGCAUACCAUCACUGUUUGUUGCUAAGACAGAAUACUCCAUGAAGUUGAUGUUACUACAGAAAGUUUAUUGAUGGGAUAAUUUGUUUGAAAUAACUUUUGAUUAUACCUUCUGUGAGAUUUACGUUCUGUGCUGACAGUGUCUACUCAAAUGUCUACAAGCCUGAUAUUCUACAACUCAGAUGUAUCUAGUGGAUAGUAACCAUUAACAGAUGACUAAUUUCUGUUUGUUUCAUUCUAUAAAAUUUCAGAUGUUUAGUUCAAUAGUAAUGUUGACUAUACAUUCAUUGCAUUAAAUACAAAGAAAAUAAUCUUUUCUAAGUAUAAUCAGUACUCCUUUUUUUUUUUUUGGUGGUUGAGAGAGGAGUGAUAGAGGAUUGUGUGCAUAUUCUUAUAAAUGACAUUUCACUUAAAGAAACCCAGGUUUGGUUUGGACAAACAAGGCUCUCCCUGAAACUUUGACUGUUGUUAUAUAAAACUCAGUACCUUUAGAGGGGUGAGCAUCCAGUGAAGCUGACAGAGGAGUAAGAAGUAUCUUGAGGUGUUAAAGUGAUAUGCAGAGGAAUCUUCAUUACUUUUAGAAAUACUGCAUUCACAGGCUGAAAACAAGGGAUUGUCUCUAACAGAAUUAUAACUGUUUCUUUCCCCUUCUCAAGUAGGUACAAUUUUGCCUUUUGAAAGCUGCUUAUCUUGAUUUAGUUUUGAGAGAUUUGCAAUGUAAAUCAAGCAUACCUUAAGAGAUUGGAUGUCACUCUAACACCUAUUUGGACUGCUAAACAUAGUAGUUGUGUAAACUAUUAAAUAUAUUCCUCAGUAUCUUUUGAAGGUCAUUCAUAUUCCAAACUACUAUUAUUGCCAUUAAUUGCGAUAAUUCAUAAGAAAUGCAUAUUUUAAACUUGUUUUUGUUUUUUUGAGGAAGAGUAGCCCUGAGCUAACUGCU